UUCCAGGUGGCACCCAUUGAAACAAUGAAAGAAGAAAUUGCUGCCACAGUAGUUUUCAUCACCCGACUAGUAAAGAAAAAUGAGAAAUUCAGCAAGCAGAAAAUAGAGAAAUUUGGGGACAAACUGACCAAGAUAUUGUUUGAAAAAUACAAGAAUCACUGGUACUGGACAGAUCCACCCAAAGGACAAGCCUACAGGUGCAUCAGGGUGAACAGGAAUCAGCCUCGGGAUCCUGUCCUUUUUCAGGCCUGUAUAGAAAGCAAUAUUGAAUAUUCGUCUCUGGAGCUACCUCAAGAACUCACCAUCUGGGUGGAUCCAUAUGAAGUGUGGUGCAGGUGUGGAGAGAAAAACCAGCCGUUCAUUGUAACAAAACUGGAGGAAAAGAACCCAAAUGCGAAAAUCUCCCAGCACAUCAGCAAUGCUACGGAACGUGUUGCCUCUGAGGAUGUACAAGAGAAAUACUCAGAUGAGGAAGGCUACAAUGAGGAGCAGAAUGUACUCUAUACUGUGAGCAAUGCCUAUGGGGAAGCAGGUGGCUUCGGGGAAGCUGGAGAUAUGACCAUACCAGUUGUGAGCAACCCAAACAGUAUUUACCAGGUGCAAGACUUCAGUGAAGUAAGAUAUGCUGGUGAAGUACCCCAGGCCAUCCCCACUGUGAUUAAUCCAAACAGCAUCUACCAGUACAACUACUAUGCAUAUCCUGCAGCUGGCUGGCCCAGAUUUGCUCCCAGGAAAUCAUUUGUAGAAGACUAUAGUGGCUACUAUGCUCCCCAGAAAAUCUGUAAUGGCUACUAUGCUCCCCAGAAAAUCUAUAAUGGCUACUAUGCUCCCCAGAAAAUCUACAAAAUGUAUAGAGUUUCGAAUACGUUCACAUUUCCCUACGUUGAUCGUUAUCAUUGGGUGAAUACCAAGCGCUGAUCUCUCCUUAUUCUCUCCUCUCUCUGUCUGUCUGUCUUAUCGUAAAGUUAGCUUUCUGGCAUACAGAUGAUCUGAGUAGUUUAGUGCUCUGACGUACGAAGGGAGAUGGAUUUAAAAUGUUUCAUUAAUCUCAACUACAUAUUUACAUGAUUUCUUAACCUUGGA